UGCUUCUCUAUUAAGCCACACAUGUGCCUUAUAAAAGCCCAUUUGCAUGGAAUUUUCACCCACUUUUAUUUUUCCUUUUUACCCAUUUGUCUUAUAAAGCUCAUUAGCUUUGGAGUUGUCACCCAUCUUUUAUUUCUCCAUUUUACCCUUCAUUGUUGGCUUAAAUUAGAAAAUUACUUUUUUCCCUAAUCUUCAUACAAUGUCAAAUUAGGGCUGAAAUUUAGCCCAAUCUUCUCAAUACUUGGUGAUUGGGCACAUACUAGAAAGGUAUGACUGGACAUUGAUCUCUUGGAAUGUGAAUUGGAGAUGGAGCCGAAAAUACUCAGAUUAGUCCCUGGUCUAGUAUACUUAGGCAGUUAGGCUUUAACUUAGAGGACUUUUUGAAAAUAAGAAUAGUAUAUGCAUCUCUUGAGAGUUUUAGUCUAACAUGGUCUUUUGAAACCCCAUGCUCCUUUUGUCUGUUUUGUUCUUUGAUCAGUUCUGAAAUUUUUGUUCGCUAUAAUCUGGUCUUUAAAGUCCUAUACCAGGGGUGGAUGUGAAGGCUAUUAAAUUUGGCAGUUGGUUUCGUAGGGCACGCAACUGAAGGAAUAACAAGAAACUGAACUAUCAUGCAACCGGAAUUCCAAGCCCCUAGUCGAAUGCAAGACAUCGAAAGUACCAGACAUAGUGGAGCCACUGUAUUGGAUAAAGAACCCUCUCCAAUUGAUGCCUCAAGCCUGGAGUCUAUGUCACCAAUAUGUCCAGCACCUCUUUGUCGCCAGUUUUGGAGAGCUGGAAACUAUGAUUCAGGCCUUAUUUCCAAGUCGUCUUCUAAAAAUGGGGCCAGUUUCCUGCGUAUUCACCCAAAGUUUCUUCACUCAAAUGCCACUUCACAUAAAUGGGCAUUUGGGGCCAUAGCUGAACUGCUUGAUAACGCUAUUGAUGAGAUACAAAAUGGGGCCACCCACGCCAUUGUAGAUAAAACAUUAAAUCCGAAGGAUGGAACUUCAGCUUUAUUAAUUCAAGAUAAUGGUGGUGGAAUGGACCAAGAAGCCAUGCAUUGCUGUCUGAGUUUUGGAUUUUCUGAUAAGAAGUCCGAAUCAGCUAUUGGACAGUACGGAAACGGCUUCAAGACAAGUUCGAUGAGACUUGGGGCUGAUGUUGUUGUCUUCAGCCGCUGUAUGAAGAACAGGAAAUUGAUGCAAAGUGUCGGUCUUCUCUCUUUUACAUUUUUGACACGAGCAGGCCUUGACAGAAUAGUGGUUCCUAUGAUUGAAUACGAGUUCAGGUCAACAACUAGAAAAUGGACGUCAAUAUGCCGUGAACAACAUUUUGUGAAUAAUCUCUCACUGUUGUUGCAGUGGUCUCCAUUUUCAACAGAGGAAGAGCUUCUAAAGCAAUUUGAUGACAUUGGUGAUCAUGGCACGAAGAUCAUAAUCUACAAUUUGUGGCUAAAUGAUGAAGGCCAAAUGGAGCUUAAUUUUCAGUCAGAUCCUGAGGAUAUUCGUAUCUCUUGUGAUGCAGAAAGUGAUAAAAGUGGCUCCCUCACGUCAGUAAGUGACCUGCAUCUUGCCAACACUCUUCGUUGUUCACUCCGUGCGUAUUUAUCUAUCUUGUAUUUGCGAAUCCCUGAAAACUUUUGCAUAUGGUUGCGCGGGCAGAUUGUAGAGUAUCAUAACAUUGCUAAUGAUCUCAAGUAUCCAGAAUUUAUCUUGUACAAACCUCAGAAUGGUGGAUGCGAAGAGGGUUCUGUCAUUACUUCCAUUGGUUUCCUAAAGGAAGCUCCACUAGUGAAUAUUCAUGGUUUCAAUGUCUACCACAAGAAUCGUUUGAUACUGCCAUUUUGGCACGUGGUAGUAGGCUCUUCUGUCAAUAGAAGCAGAGGAGUAGUAGGUGUUCUAGAAGCAAACUUUAUUAAGCCAACUCAUAAUAAACAGGACUUUGAGAAAACUCCCCUCUUUCAAAAGCUUGAGAACCGAUUAAAGGAGAUGACAUUGGAGUACUGGGACUAUCACUGUGGAUUAAUUGGUUAUCAUACAACUAAACGGCAUCAUGCACCUUCCCAGGAUUCAUUGGAAUCUAGAAAGAAACAUGCAAGCACGAAAAGGAAAGACUAUGAUCGUCAAAUUGAACCUGAAAUUCUGAAACAAAAGGCUGGAUUAAGGGUAAAUCUACCUGAUCCUGAGUCCAUUCAAAAUCCGCCUGCGACCACUACCGCAAGUGACUUGGAAGAUCAAGAGAUGGUCCUCCUCCUUAGAGAGAAUAAAAGGCUCCAUGCAAGAUGCUUGGAAAAUGAGAAGAAGGAAGAGGAAUAUAAUGCCAAGGUAACUUCGCUAAGGAAGCAACUGAAAGAAGCACAGCGCGAAUACCGCCGCUUGCUAGUCCAAUCAGGAUUGCUGGAGAACCCCAAGAGGGAAAAUACGAUUAUAAUUCUAUAGAUAAGCUUGUUAUAGUCCUUGUAAAUGUCUUUUGUAUAUUUGUAUUUUUGGUUAAAAAAUCCCAUGAUAGGGAGCUAAUGCUCCCCUUGUUGCCUCUUUUCAACUUCCGCUAGGGAAAGUAUUUCUGUUUUGACCAGAAUGGGAUUAGGAAGAUUUGUCCUAAAGGGAAGUCUUGGUGCAAUAGUAAAGUUGUAGCCAUGUGACCGGAACGUCAUGGUUCAAACUCCAAACCAUAGAAACAACUUUUUUGUACAAACGUAAGCUGAAGUUGUGUACAGUAGAACACUCAAUAUGAUUUGGCUCUUCUCCGGUCCUGUGCAUAGCGAGGGUUUACUACACCAGGCAACUCUUUAGUUGUUGUGUUCAUGUGUUUGAUAAGAAAAGGAAAACAAAUUAUGCGAGCUAUAGCCCCAAAAUCAAGAAUGCCAAAAUAUUACGCUUUUGUUCUC